AAAAGAGUAUCUCCUCCCUGCUACUCAGAUUAUUUGAAGAAUCUUUUAUGCAGACAGAUGGCUGUUUGUUUCCUGUAAUAAAUCCAUUCAGGUGUUUCAAAUUAGCCUUGUUUUAUAUCAUGUGGAAGGAAGAGGUCAAGCGGGACUUAAAGUGUUCUGCCAGAACACCAGCCACAUGUUCCUCUCCCCUCGUCUGGGUCUGGAAAGCCCAUCUCCAGUGAAGGUCAGAGACCCUUCGCUUCAAUCAGAAACCUCUCAGGGUCUAUGAUCCGAAGGAAUGGCAUUUCUAAAACUGAGGGGAGGGGCUGUAAGGGGAAUUAAAUCUCUUUUGCAGUAUAGAGCAUCGGGUCAGGAGUUUACCACAAGGGAUGGCUUCUUUCAUAGGAACGUAUAAAUAAGCGCGUUUGUGUUUGUGUAGGUGUGUGUGUGUGUGUGUGUGUGUGCAUGUGCGUCUGUGUGUGUGUGUGCGUGCAUGCUCCUGAGUGUUCAUCCCAUAUGUCCCAGAGGAGCAGAAAGGUAUAAAAUGAGAUUCUCUAGGAGGACGUCUGCAGAAGAGGGGUAGCGUUUUCAUUGUCCACAGCAGGACGGGGAGCGUUUUUGUUCUCCACAGCAGGACGGGGAGCAUUUUAGUUCUCCAGGGUGGGACGGGGACCGCGCUCCUCCUCUCUGAGUCCCGGGGUGCUGCUGGAGUGGUUUCGGGCUGAGAUGAGGUUCGAGGACGUCCUGCUGCAGGUGGGCGGGUUUUCCAGGUUCCAGUUCCUGCUCCUCUUCCUGCUGAGCCUGCCCCGGCUGAUCCUGCCGUCCCACUUCCUGCUCCACAACUUCAUCUCGGGAGUGCCGUCCCACCGCUGCGCCAUCCCGGACCUGCCAGAGGGGGGCGCCACAGCCGACGCCGACACCCUCUCGCUGCACCUCCCCCGGGAACCCGACGGCUCCCUCAGCUCCUGCAGGGCCUACGCCUCCCCGCGCCUCCUCCGCCCUCACGCCACCGGAAACUCCUCCAACGCCUCCGCCACCGUCCCCUGCCAGCACGGAUGGGUGUACAACAGCUCCCAAUUCCUCUCCACCACCGCCACACAGUGGGACCUGGUGUGCGAGGAUAAAAAGCUGAACCAGGCGCUGGCGACGUUCUUCUUUAUCGGAGUCACCUUUGGCGCCGUGAUAUUUGGCUACUUGUCAGAUAAGUUUGGCCGGAAGCCCAUGCUGCUGCUGUCGUUUGUGAGCUCUGCGCUCCUGGGCACCGCGUCGGCCUUCUCCGUCUCCUACGCCAUGUUCGCCGUGACCCGCGCCCUGUGUGGAGCGGCCCUGACCGGCAUGACCAUCACCACCCUGGCGCUAAGCAUAGAGUGGACGGACCUCGGGCACCGCACGUUCACGGGCACCAUCAUGGGCCUGGCCUGGAGCCUGGGGAACAUGCUGCUGGCCCUGCUGGCCUACUGCCUCCGCGCCUGGAGGCCCCUGCUGCUUGGCGUCACCGCCCCCUGUCUCGCCGCCAUCGCCGCCUGGUGGUGGAUCCCAGAGUCUGCCAGGUGGCUGCUGGCGAAUGGGAAGGUGGACGAAGCUCACAUGUACCUCCUCAGGUGUGCCAGAAUGAACAGGAAGCACGGCUACGCCUCCGAAUUGGACACGGAGGUCCUGAAGAAGAUGGUGGAAUCCGAGGCCUCCGGCAGAGUCUACUCUUACCUGGAUCUGGUGAAGACGCCAAAACUGAGGAAGAUCACGAUCUGCUCAGGGAUCGUCUGGUUUGCUGUUGCAUUCACAUAUUAUGGGAUCAGCCUGAAUGUUGCGGGUUUUGGUUUUAAUGUGUACCUGACGCACUUCCUGUACGCGGCCAUCGAGGUCCCGGCCAAGGUGGGGACGUACUUCGCCCUGGACUGCAUCGGGCGCAGGAACAGCCAGGCCCUGUUCCUCAUCAACGCCGGCGUGCUGAUGGGGGUCAACACACUCAUACCCACAGAGCGCACGCUGGUGCGGACGCUGUUGGCGGUUAUCGGCAAGGGCUUCUCAGAGGCAGCGUUCACUACUGCGUUUCUGUACACCGCUGAGCUCUACCCCACCGUCAUACGGCAGUGUGGUUUGGGGUACACCUCGUUCGUCGGGCGAAUCGGAGGCUCCCUGGCUCCCCUGGUGAUGCUCCUUGGUGACGCGUGGGCCUUGGCCCCGCCCGUAGUCUUCGCCGCGGUGGCGGUGCUGGGCGGCUGCGUGACCCUCCUGCUGUCGGAGACGCUGAACGUCAGGCUGCCCGAGACCGUCCAGGACGCGGAGGGGGAGAGACAUAAACGUGCUCCUGAAAACCCCCCUGAAGUUACUGAGGUCCGUUUAAGACCACUCAUCUGAAACCUCAUGGUGUUUUACGAGUUCAUUUGGUGUGGGAAAAGUGAAUGAACUUUGCAAAGAAGCAUACUGGAUACACACGUUGAACGGGCUUGAAUGAUUUAAAUCCGUCUUGUUUCUUUUUUUAUAAUUGUGCUUUGCAUCAUGUACAGUAUGUUUCUACCUAAAACAUACUCUACAACAGCAGCAGCAGCAGCAGUAGCAGCAGUAGUAGUAGCAGUAGUAGUAGCAGUUAGCUGCAGUAGCAGUAGCAGUAACAGUAGCAGUAGCAGCAGUAGUAGCAGCAGCAGCAGCAGCAGCAGCAGUAGCAGUAGUAGCAGUUAGCAGCAGUAGCAGUAGCAGCAGUAGCAGUAGCUAGCAGUAGCAGUAGCAGUAGCAGCAGUAG